AUGUCACCAGUAACAACCUCUAGUUCAGCGAUGAUGUCGACGUCACUGACGCUUUCAUUAAAUACUACUGAAACAUUAAACACGCCACUACAUCGACCAUGGCUUAAGAUAGUACUCUGGACAUUCUAUAGCCUUAUAUUUGUACUCGGAGUUGGUGGAAACUCGGCUGUCUGUUUUAUCUUACAACGGAGAAAAUCUCUACGAACAGUAACCAACCUAUUCAUUCUUAAUCUCGCAAUUUCCGACCUGAUAUUCUCCUGUACAAUCCCGCUUGAGUUUCCAAUUAUUAUCAGUGAUUAUAAAUGGCCGUAUGCUCCUUUCUUCUGCAAAAUUUAUGGUCCGGUUCAAACAAUUGCCUUAUCAGUAUCUAUCUUUACCCUGGCCGUCGUAAGUAUUGUACGCCAUCGGGCUAUCAUUCACCCUCUGAAGCGUCAGGUAACGCAAUGUCAUGCUCGGUACAUACUCACUGGAAUAUGGUUGUUCUCUGCCAUACUUAUGGUACCCCAUUCUCUCACACUCAGAAGUGACGGUACACAAUGCGAUGAACACUGGCCUGACCCAAAGUUCCGAAAAGUGUAUACAACAUCUCUAUGUGUAUUAUUUUAUGUCAUCCCUUUAUCCAUAAUCAUGUUCGCCUACGUGAAAAUUGUCAAAGAAUUAAUGAGGAAACGAAGUUGUUUUAACUGUGAGAAUUCUGCGUUGAGUGAAGUUUGGAAUGAAGAAACAACCAAAGUAAUCCGUAUGUUUUUCAAGGUUACAAUCGUUUUUGCAAUUUGUAAUUUACCAAGUCAAUUAAUGUGGCUAUGGAUGGAUUAUGGCAAGGCUGAUCAAACUUUCAAAUAUUUUUGGGAUUUACUUGCAGCAAUGAACAUUUUAAUAUUUGCCAAUAGUGCUGCCAAUCCUUUUAUUUACUAUAUAUUUCAUGAUAGAUUUCGAACUGAAGCCUUAAAUUACUUGUCUGAGUACAAGUGGUUUGUUCAACUGAGAAAAUCGUGGUAUAAACGUUUCAGAAAUAACAAUGAACGUUCUUUGGUACUCGAGAAGAAGGAAGUGGCUGGAAAUGAGAUUAAAAAAGAGGUUGAGAAUUCUGAAAAUGCGAUAACAUUUCAGGCCCUCUCGAACACGCUGGAGAAAACAUACGAGAGUUAUGUCUAAAGAUAUACAAACUUACUGAAUCAGAUACUGAGUGCAUUGAAAAUACCAAGUCUGUUGAAAGAUAGAUAAAUGGAUUACUCAUUACUGUUUUAUCUACGCCCGGAUGGGAAUUAUUGAAAUUCGUAAUUCGUACCUGCGUUGACAGAAACGAAGUUUUAAAACAGUUCGUGUUUAAUUAAUAAUGGAUUAUUAGCAUCUAUAUAUACAAUCUUACCUAGACACGAUUAUUAAAUUAUUCAAAUCCGUGCUACCUUUAUCAUAACGGCGUCAAAUGCGGAUAAUCACGUGCGAAUAACUUUUCCUUGACACGUUCCCUGACGAGUUUGGUUACACACCUGCAUGCGUCCGACGAACGGUUUUUUCGAUCAAUCAGUCCUGGGCAAGUUUUACGAGCACACGCUAUUUAAGUACAUAAACAGCCAUAACCAAUUUCAUGGUAAUUUUAAAAGCAGCUCCAACAAAAUUAAAGACAGAUCAGAUUGACACCUCAAAAGGGAAUUUCAAAAUAGACGAGAUCAGUUAAAUAGCAAUGACCGCACGUGAGUGCGCAGUGACGAAUUCUGCAAUUACUUGUCAAGUUUCUCUUGAUAGCCUUACGCACGAACAAUUUUCAUUGUUGAAAAGCUGGCGUCACCACCCCUUGACAUGCUUCUUGUCAAGGAAAAACUCGUCAAUUUGCGGCGCACUCACGAACUAACAUAAGAUGUCAAGGAAAACUUGCUCAUCUAUACGGGGCUUUAGCGCAACCCGCAAAACGAUGUUACAUGAAUUUUGCUUGCCAACUUUUUAGAUUGCGAAUUUUUGUAGAAAUUGUCCCGUGGGACAUUCCAUCAAAUCCGUGUUUGACAUCAUUAUGAAAAGGUUUAAUAUACUGGAAAAUACAAUGUUACGCACAUUAUGCAUUAGCGCAACAGGUGCGCGAUAUGUAUAUGCGCAAGUAUGUUAUGUAGGUUAUGUAAAUAUUUCAAACCCGAAUAUGAGGAUCUGGACGGGGGAGCAGUUUAUUCCAGUCCGAGACGAAAUCCGAAUUUGGGAAUGUGAAAUGACAUCUCAUGAAUCUGUUGUAUAGUCGUUGGACUGAAUUAUAUUGGAUCAGUAUUCUUCACCAGAUAUCUAGUAUCACCAUGUGAGGCAAAUAAAGUAAUAUUGUUGGCUAGUUUACUCAUAAAUGAUUAAUUUUGAGAUAUAAUAUAAUAUCAAAUCUAUAAAUAAGUAAAUAAAUCCGACUACGAGAACAUUACCGGAUAACCAGUCCGCACAAUACGCCUCUUUGGAGGUCCGUGACACCAUCUUGCAAAGUGGGGCAACAAAAUGGUGAAACCAUUGCCUCGUCCCAGUGGGAAUACUUGUCCCUAUAGGGACAUGGUAUUGUUGCUCUAUUGUGUUUUCCUCACUUGGCAAGAUGGCGUCGCGAACUGCGUAAGUAAGAAAUGUCGGAUUUGAUAUAUUCACAAAUAAAUAAGUAUUUAAAGAAAUUUAAUUAAAUUGCCGUCGC